AUGAAUAUUGAUCUUCCUCGAACAACAACUGCAGAAGCUUGUAUUCCUGCUACAGCUCAAUUCGAAGAAGUUCAUGAAAUGUUGAAUAUCUUGGCAGGUGGCAUCGAAGCACUGGCUAAUAAUGAGCAACGUCUAAGUAAUGAAUCACUCCAAAUGUAAAUUACACUUACAAUAUUGAAAGAAGAAUCAUCGAAAUUAAAAUAAUCUGUUGAAGAAUCAAAUGCAUUUUUGCAGGGAGUGAAACAGAAUCAAGACUUUGUAUCCUUGCAAGAAAAAAUCAAUGAUUUGCAAUAUGUUUCAUAUGGUGAAACAUUGGUUUGGAAAAUAAAAAAUUUUCAUGAGAAAAUAACUAACUUGAACAGUUAGUCUUAUGCUUGAAGAUAGAAAUCAAAAUAUGCUAUCGACAAGAUAAUCAAAGAAAAAGAUGUUCUUCGUUUUCUAUAACAUUAUUGAAUAACACAUAAACGAUUCAACGUUACAUUCAACAUAGUAUAUUGUCACGCAUGAAUACAAUGUAUGAGUGAGCUAUUGAUGAAUUGAUGGAAGCAAUUAUCAAUUCUAUCGAUCGGCUAAAUUUCUUUAUACUUGCAGCUACUCUUCUUCACCCAAUUUUUUGUGGAACUCACAUAUUUUACUAAGGAAAAUAGUGAGUGUAAGUUGUAAGGCAAGGUUUUUCGCUCGAACAUCCGAUUCCCAAAGUAGUAACCCGAAUCAAUGGGUGACAAUGAGAGUAUUGAUCGAUGUUUUUAACGCUUCUGACAGUCAUAGCAAUGCUGGCAAAGGUGCUCGCAAUAGACUUUAGCAACCGAAAUUAUGAUUAGUGGGUACGUUUACAAAGCAAUCCAAGACAGCAGACUUCUUUCCUAUAAUUUCUUAGUAAGAAAAAAAAGAUAUUGAUUGGCAUUAACAAUACGACUUAGAUUGUUCGAGAAUAUUUCAAAAUUUUACUUGAAAUUGUAAUGGUGUCAAUACUUUUCUGAGUAUUCUAGAUCGUGCAAUUUUUUUAAUUUUUAUGCAGAUUUCCGAUUAUAUUCAAGAUUUACUUGACCUAUUUGACAUUAGUAUAAUGAAGCUGAAAAAAAAGAUGUGAGUUUCCCAUAUUUUGCUUCAAAGAGACUGCACUGACAAUGGUUUAAGCUUAAUUUCUAGUUGAUGCACAAUCUGAAAGGCAAACAUCAAUUUAUAUUCACUUCCAUUCUAUUCAUCACCUACUAGCUAUAAAAUGAGAGCUCGUCUUUAUUUAAAUGGUGAUGAUUCAACUACAAAGUCUCAGUUUGUUUAUACGAUCAAACACCUGCACAACGACAUAUUAUCGAUUCAUUUCAACCAGACAUAAGAUCGAAUAGUUUUCAACGACCUCGAUCGGAUAUGAAUAUAGCCCAGUGGAAUACCUAAUUUUUUCCCAUUGGAUAUGAUUAGACAGGAAGGAAAUUCAUAUGUCCGAGACGACACAAUGUUCAUCGAAAUUAUAGUUGAUUUUGAAGAAAUACAGAAAAGCUUAUUGCCGUAUGCUUUGAGUCUCAAUCCUAGCCUACCACCGCGUAUUCAACAAGCUAUAAUAAAGCAAGAAGCGGAGCAAAGAUCUCAACAACAGUCUGGGAAGCAAGUCGAGAUACCCCGAAAGUAAUCUGCCGUUGAAUCUAUAUCAAGUACUGCAUCAAUAAUUAAGAAUCUCAUAUUUUGAACUUCUAUUACCUUAUCAAGUAUUGAAGCAAUAAUCCAGAGUAUCCUAUUUUGAAGUCAUCACAUCUUUUUGUUAUUCAAAAUAUAAAUGAUCUGCUACUUUAACCUGCUCUUUUUUUUAUAAUCAUAGAAAGUUUAUCAAUCUUCUAUAAAAAAUAUAUUGAAGUCAUUGAUUGUCUGAUAAUAGAUAAUUCUGCUGAAAAGCAUUUUAUUUUAAAGAGCCAUUAUUCAGAUAGUUUUUAGACAAUUGUUUAAACAAUAAUAAAUAGAUUUUAUUUGAUCGAUAUCACAUGAGGAUAGAGACUGGCUUCUAAACGAUAUGCUUAUACAUUGUUGUUGACAUUCAACAUUUGUAUAUAUUUUUGUGAGAAAAUUUUCUUUUUAUUCUUUACAUGUAAUGAAGUAUUGUAUUUGAUUCAAUAACAUUUUAAGUCUGAUGAAAACGUAACAGGGUCAUAUUAUUGACUGACGUCUCAUAUUGAAUAUUGAAUUAAUAGCACUUACGAGGAAAGUUCCCAACUGUUCAAUCGCUUUUGAGUCGAAACUAUGUGCGUCAUGUGGGUCCUAAUGAGCUAUGAAUACCCUGAAAAGAGUUCGAGUUGCUAGCUUAUUACUGUCGAGAUACUGCAUUUUUAUGGUAUUUUUUUUAAUUAAGCACAAUGCCGUGGUCCCCCUCAGGAACCAGAAAAACUAAAUUUUGAGUUUUGACUUCAAACUUUGCACAGAAACAGACGUCAGUGAGAGUAGUUUAUUGUGGAAGUUUCGGGUCUUUUGGUCAUUCCUAUCCUAAGAUACAGCUACAAAGGGUGUUUUUACACUGCUCAUAUAUCCCCGACAGGUUCCAAUGUUCUUAUUUCAGAAUAGGAACAACGAAAAGAUCUGAAACUUUCACAAUAAGCUACUCUCAUUGAGGUCUGUUUCUGUGCCAAAUUUGAAGUCGAAAUUCAAAACUUAGUUUUGCUGGCGUUUCUAAGAGGAACCAUGGGAUGCUGCUUAACAAUAUCGUAAAAAUGUAGUAUCUCGACAGUAAUAAGCU